UAUUAACUAAUGACCUCGGUUGUGCACGACCGGGGACAAUGUACAAUUACUCAAAUUUCAAAUUCUCUUUUGUAUAUAAAGUACCACAUCAAAAGUCAAAACCAUCAGCCAUUAUCAACUCUUGUGGGAUUUCGUGACUUGGCAACGUAGGAGGAACACAAACACAACACAGCCAUGAAUGCAAACCUUCUCAGAAACUUGUCCUUCCACGCGCGCCGUCUUCGCUUCUCUCCCACUCCUACAGUUACAGCACCCACCUGCUUCUCUUCUCGCUCCAAUGCCCCAGACAAACCCCACUCCCUCGUUGAAGACAUUAGCGACGAAGAGUUGAAGAGGCGUGUGGCAAAGCUUCAAGAGGGUGAUGCUGAGGCAAUUCCUUCUGUGUUUGAGGCUAUAUUGCAGAGGUAUUUAGCAGGGAAGCCUAUAGAAGCUGACCAGGAGUUGAUGAGGGGAAUUCUAGGGAAGUGGACAUUGUCCGAAGAUGAAGAGGAUGAGUCCGAUUCUCAUUGGGAAGAAAUAGAUGACACUGAUAAUGAAGAUGGAGUUUGAUCCUGGUUUUAAUGGAAGGAGUGGAGUUGAUGAAGGAAAAAAUAAGAGAUGAUUGAACUCUGCAAUUGCUAGUGGCAGUGGCUGUCAAGAUUUCAAAUCAACCUUGGAUUGGUUGUGUUGUAUAACAGAUACCAGAUAACAGGAGGUGGCUCGGGGCCUCUGGCUACUGCUGUUAAACUAUAUGGUGCUUGCUUUUUAUGCUUUGGUUUGUAGCGUUUUUGUCAGCUGCUAACACUGUCAUGGUCUGUCAAAAAAAAGAAGCCAUUCUGUCAUGGUUAGAAAUUUUGUGGUCAAUCUCAAUUAAGAAAUUACAUCAUAGAUACUAAUACAUCUUAUGGUAGUGCCGUAGUGGCACUUCGUUUACUUCGAAGUUGGCAAUGCUACAUAUAUUAUGGUUAUCAUUGCAAGCUAGUAUGAAUACAUGUGAAAAAAAUCGGUGGUUUUGUAAUUAAUGCUUAUCAUAGAAUAUGGUCAUUGAGGUAUUAGUACGCUUACAUUGGGGUAUUAGUCCUUGAUUUUGUUUGAUGUAAAAUCCUAGUUUUCCAUAUCU